AUGGCUAGCUCGGACGCCGGAGCACGAUGCCCCGUGCUGCAGCAACGGGCCCGCUGGGAGCGCAAACGCGUCUGCACCGCCCGGGAGCUGCUGGAGACAGAGCGACGCUACCAGGAGCAACUGGGGCUGGUGUCCACGUACUUCGUGGCCAUUCUGAGAGCCAAGGGCACCCUGCCGCCCCCUGAACAACAGGCCCUGUUUGGCCCCUGGGAGCUCAUUUAUGGCGCCAGCCUAAAACUGCUUCCCUACCUGGAAGAAGGGCACUGGGGUUCGGGAUUGGAAGCCUUCUGCCCCCACCUGGAGCUCUACACCCAAUUUGCUGCUAACGCAGAGAGGUCCCGGAUUACCUUGCAGAAACAACUAAAGAAAAGCAAACGUUUCCGGAGAUUUCUGCGACUUCAGGAAGGUCGACCUGAGUUUGGGGGUCUUCAGCUCCAAGACUUGCUCCCUCUGCCUCUGCAAAGGCUCCAGCAGUACGAAAAUCUUGUCGUUGCUUUGGCUGAAAACACAAGUCCCAACAGUUCUGACCACCAACAGCUCACACGGGCUGCCAGGCUGAUAAGUGAGACAGUCCAGAGAGUCCACGCCAUUGAGCAGACACACAAGAAUGACCAGCACCUCCUACGUGUUCAGGCUCUACUCUGUGGCCACCGGGCCAAGGGGCUGACUUCAGGUCGCUGGUUCCUCCGGCAGGGCUGGCUAUUGGUGGUCCCUCCUCGGGGAGAGCCUCGGCCCCGCAUGUUCUUCCUCUUCUCUGAUGUGCUCCUCAUGGCCAAACCUCGCUCCACAUUGCAUCUGCUGCAGAAAGGCACCUUUGCUUGCCGAGCCCUCUACCCCAUGGCCCACUGUCAACUCCACAGGGUCUUUGGCCACUCAGAGGGGCCCUGUGGGGGACUACUCAGCUUGUCCUUUCCCCAUGAGAAGCUGCUGCUCAUGUCCACAGAUCGGGAGGAGCUGUUGCGCUGGCACCACAGUUUGACUCUGGCCAUCAGGUAA